AACGUCGUUCAACGUUUGGCCCGAUCUGAUCUGAUCUGAUCUGAAAAAACCCGGUUCCCCUCAGCAAAAUGAUGAGUCUCCGCCUCUGCCUGCUGGCCACCUGCCUCCUGGUGGCGGCCCAUGCCUCCAAGGAUGGCGCCAACAUGCAGCUGAAGCCCACCAAGUGGCUGACCGCCUCCGAUCUGGAGAGCGUGCCCUCCCUCAACGACAUCACCUGGGAGCGUUUGGAGAACCAGCCUUUGGAGCAGGGAGCCAAGCUGAUCGAGAAGAUCUACCACGUUGGCCAAAUCAAGCACGAUCUGACCCCCAGCUUUGUGCCCAGCCCAAGCAACGUGCCCGUCUGGAUCGUCAAGUCCAACGGCCAGAAGGUCGAGUGCAAGCUGAACAACUACGUGGAGACCGCCAAGGCCCAGCCCGGUUUCGGUGAGGAUGAGGUCACCAUCGUCCUGACCGGCCUGCCCCAGAACAGCAACGCCCAGAAGAAGGCCAUGCGCAAGCUGGUCCAGGCCUACGUCCAGAAGUACAACCUCCAGCAGCUGCAGAAGAACGCCCAGGAGCAGCAGCAGCAGCAGAAGAGCAGCGACUACGACUACACCAGCAGCGAGGAGGCCGCCGAUCAGUGGAAAUCGGCCAAGGCCGCCAGCGGCGAUUUGAUCAUCAUCGACCUCGGCUCCACCCUGACCAACUUCAAGCGCUACGCCAUGCUGGAUGUGCAGAACACCGGCGCCAUGAUCGGCCAGACCCUGAUCGAGCUGACCAACAAGGGAGUGCCCCAGGAGAUCAUCCAUCUGAUCGGCCAGGGAAUCAGCGCCCAUGUGGCCGGAGCUGCCGGCAACAAGUUCACCGCCCAAACGGGCCACAAGCUGCGCCGCAUCACCGGUCUGGACCCCGCCAAGGUGCUGUCCAAGCGUCCCCAGACCCUCGGCGGUCUGUCCCGCGGCGAUGCCGACUUCGUUGAUGCCAUCCACACCUCGACCUUCGCCAUGGGCACCCCCAUCCGUUGCGGCGACGUGGACUUCUACCCGAAUGGACCCUCGACGGCGGUUCCCGGCGCUGAGAAUGUGAUCGAGGCUGUGGCCCGUGCCACCCGCUACUUUGCCGAGUCCGUGCGUCCCGGCAGCGAGCGCAACUUCCCCGCCGUGCCGGCCAACUCCCUGAAGCAGUACAAGGAGCAGGAUGGCUUCGGCAAGCGCGCCUACAUGGGUCUGCAGACCGACUUCGAUCUGCGCGGCGACUACAUCCUCGAGGUCAACCCCAAGAGCCCCUUCGGCCAGCGCAGCCCCGCCCACAAGCAGGCCGCCUACCACGGCGUCCACCAGGCCCGCAACUAGGGAUCCACGUCCCCCGAUGGUUGGAUGGAACCCGUGCAGCUCCUGAUACUCAGAGAAAUCCGCAAAACGUAGGCUAGCUUAGAAAAUCCAUAAAACAAACGAAAAAACAAAAAAUACUUCAAAAACUCCAUAAAAAUAAAAGCUGCAAAUUAACUAAAAA